GCGGCCGGUGGCCUCCCGCGCGCAGGGUUUGGUGCCCUGUUAUGUUAGAAGCACAUUGUUCUUCUUCUCAGAAUUUGUGAAGAUGUUGCCACCGCUUUCCCUGGAUGUGGCGCUGACCACGCCGCCCUGACGCCUACAGGCAGACACAAUCUUUAUGGUUUUGGGGUUUUACUAAGUUGUCGCCGGAGCAAAAACCACAGAUCCCGGCUGCAGAUGGACUUCUUAUUAACUUCUCGAUGGCGGCAAAAAUUCAGUCCAGGAAUUGAGCGGUGAACUCGGCUCCCGGGUUUAUCUACAGAAACAUGGUGAUUUUCACUGGGUUUAUUCUCGCCUUUCUGAGCUCUCUGCCGGCAGGGGUGGCAGCGGUAAAAGUCUCGCAGAGCCCUCCAUUCCUUUAUCUUCAGAAGGAUGAGAAGGCCAGCAUGACCUGCACCAUGGAAGGAGGAGACACGUCCUGGAUAUGGAUCUAUAGGUGGACGCUAAACGGCUCCUCGGUGAUAAAUACCAGGACCAGAGUGAUGAUCCCUUUUGCCUUCGAGCCCAGCAGCCUCCACAUCUGGGCCGUGACUCCGUCAGAUAGCGGGCUGUACGUGUGCUCUGUCAGGGUGUUUUACCCUCAGUCCCGGCUGUACUCGGGGAACGGGACCUGGCUGCAGGUUACAGCGGCUCCGACAAUGGCUCUCAGAAUGGAAAUUCUGGAAAAGCAUCAUCUCCUGAUCUGUGAGGCUGAAAGCUUUUACCCUCAGGGGUUAAAUAUCUCAUGGAGCUUGUCGGGGACGGGGAUCCAGAUACGGGAGAAGCUCACAGAGAACGAGGACGGCACGUACACCAAGAGGUCCAGCCUGGAGGUGGCUGAAGAGGUAUGGAGCAGAGCGCACCGAGGCGUGACCUGCCGCAUACAACACGUCACGCUUCCGGAGCCCUUCACUAGCGUGCUGCGCCCCCCGCCGAACCGGAACACACCGGCCCCCGGGGCGUCUCUGUACCGGCAGCUGUUCCCGGUGAGAGUUCUGUUGGCUCUGACCCUCAUGCUGAGUCCGUGUAUCUGCAGUCUGUACAUUCGCUGCGCCAUGUAACGGCUGGAUAUCGCGUUCCCGUCCAUCCGUGCGUCUCGGGUGCAGCCCAUACCGGGGAUCUCGCUGGAUUCUGGGUCUAUAGACCAAUC